GCCAAAACGCUCAUUUCACAGAAGGAGUAUUUUUCUUUUCGGAAGAAGAUCCUCACAAAGCGGCCCCUAUUUCUGUUCAGCCGGAGAAAAAGAGUCAAAAGAACCUGAAAACCGACGAUGUACGCCAGGACCAACACCGGCAGCACACACGGAGACUUUCAGGACAGAAACGGAGUGAAUUAUGUGACAUCCACGGAGUCUUUCGGCCACUGCUCUCAAUUGUUCUGGAAAAAAGACCCGAGCGACUCCGGAGUAAGAGACCCGCUGCUCCCAAACACACACACUCUCACUGAAAAGAUGCAUGAAAACUGUUUAAUUCUGCACAGGAAGGUCAGGGAACUGCAGGAAACAGAGUUUAAACAGCUCCGGGGGUUUUAAACCUAUGGUAAAUAUGACACAGAGAAGCUAAGUUAGCUUGUUGCUAACGCACCGACCGUCAUGCUGUGCUCGCGGCCUAGUCCUGCUCGUAGCUGCUAAGCUAAGUAGCCGAUAAUAUUGAUGAUAAUAAUGAUCAAUUUUGACCCAAAACCUCAGCUGUUAUACUCGUUUUAGUAAGGUUAAUGAAAACUGCUGUAUUAGUCAUCAUUUUAUCACCGUUCAUGUUAGUUUUUAAGUGACAUGUUGAGUUAAAACAGCCGCAAAGUAGCCUAGCAUCACCAUGCCAAUGCUAACAGUAAUAACAGAGGAGCUGGGUUCAGUCAGGGGCGUGUACAAGGGGGCCGCUGAGGGGGACAGGGGCCCCUUUAAAAUCACCCAUGAGUGGAUUAAUGUUCACAGUCCUGUCAGAGUUUAACAAUAAUUAAAUUUAAUAUGUUUUAGCGAGCAGCUGUUAGUUUGUUUUUAGAUGUAGUUUAAGUCUCUCGGGCAGUAAAAUAAUUUCUACCUCCCGUAUGUUUCGCACUAUAAGGAGCACUUAAAAUCCUUUUGGUUUGUCGGAGCGCUGCAGCUACGGUAGCCUCACAGAGUUAAUGAGUUAAAUAAAGUUUGACUUAUCUGACUGUUUCGCUUGGUUUAAUGCACUUUAUAAUCCGGUGCGCGUUAUAGUGCGAAAAAUACUGUAUUUUGUAUCGGACAGGUGAGCACAUGAGAAGUCAGACCACCAAAGACUAAGGCAGUAAAUCCCGGCACACUUUCUGUUUGAGUCACUGUAGUUAGUUUGACGUCUUUUACAUCCCUCACACUGGGAUAAUGUAUGAAAGUAGUCCUGUAAAGAUUUGUUACAGAACUCAGUGUCUGUAGAUUUUUGCGCCUCUGUCAGUAGCCCCGUUUAUAUGGGUAGUUUUCCUCAAUCUGAUUGAUAUCAAUCGGAUUAAGUGAAUCUGAUUCCAUCUGUAUACAUGAACUUUAAGUAAAGAGAUCCACGUUCAAUCCGCGUUUGCAUGGCCCCAGCUGAAUCCGAUUGUAUUGUUUUUUUUUACAUGCGCAGAAGGUCACUCUGCCACUAUCUGUAAAUGUGUAGAAGAAGAAGAGGUGCACUUCCGGCUUCCUGUUUACCUGUAGAAAGGUGGAUCCAUGUCAUGUUUUGUUGGGGACACUUAUUGUGUUGUGGUUACAUUUAUUUGCGGUAAAAGUUUGUCUCCUCCACCGUCCAGUUUUUCUGUUGGUUCGCCAUGUUUGUUUUCGUUUGGGCGCGCUCUGCGUACGUCACUACGUGCCUCUUGCGUACUACGGAGCAUCUGCGCAGACCGAACAAGCCUCUCUGUAAACCCAAACCCAAUGUUUUUUAUUACAAUAAAUGUAGAUUCGAGUCGAGGUUCAGCGAUUGUUAAACUCUGGUAUCAGUGUGUAAAUUACAGGGAUGUCAUGCUCAAAACCAGCUGACCGCUGACUCUGAUCAAAUUUUAAUUACUGAAUAUUUUCUGUUGAGGAGUCCUGCUCUGAUAUCUGUAUUUUGGUAUGAUAAUAACUGGCACACCAUUAAUUCAACAAAAGCAUGAUAUUUGAAUUUAAUAUGCUGUUAUUUUCAAACUAAAACUAACAAAAAAGAUUUUACCGUUUACUCUUUUUUUGACACAGUAUUAAUUUUAGCCUCAGACUUCAAAUAAAACAUUUGAUUCGACCAUAGAUGUAUUAUUUUUCAAACAUAGAUGUUCAGUAAUCACGAGUCUGCUGUCUGUUUCCUACUCAUCUAAUUAUUUCCAUAUGGCCAACAUGUGUAAGCUGUUAGAUGCACACAAUUAAAACACCAUUAUUAGGCUGAUGUAUAUCCAUAGAAAUGUUAAUGUCCUGAUGCCAUUACCUGUAACAACCGAUAUCGUGCAUCCCUGAAAAUAAUUUAAGUAAACAAACCAAAAAUGUAAUUUAGCCUUUAGGUUAGUGAAAGUGAUUUGCAUAUCUCAGUCUAGUGCGGUGACGAACAUCCGAGCUCCACACGUCUGAAGUAAAACUAACAUGUUUGAAAUCACCUCAUUUGUUGUCAUUAACUUCGCUGUCUGGUAAAGAAGGCAGAGACUUAAAUGUGUGUAGACGACUGAACAGACUGUGGAUCAAAAACCUGCUCUCGUCUGUCACAGACCUGAGCCGCUGUUAGAAAGUUCAGAAUUUCACCUCUUUUCUCUGUGAUUUUUUCAGGUCUGUUUGCUCUCUUGAGGAUAUUUGUUCUGUCUCUACGUCACACACUCUCACGCUUUAAUGAUCAGUUUAUUCUCCUGUAUGUUUAGUUUUUAGGCGGCAUGCCUCAUUGGUUGUGUUAACUGCAGCGCUGUUUGUAUUACAUAUAUUAACAUGUGUGGACUGUUGUCACUGUCUAGGUUUUUAAAUUUUUAUGCGAGAUGUUUCAGUCACAUGGGCGAGACGUUCUGCAGCAUAUCGAGCUCAGUUUACAGCAGCCGGUGUAACUGAUCAGGGUGAGAUAUUCUGCCGAUCCCUGAUCAAUUAGAAAUCAGCUCUGAUCAGCUGACCUGACAGCUCAUACUGACGCAGAUUGUUUUGGCGUUUCCUCAUCGCUAUUCUUCAAAUGAGUCAUGAUGUGUUUAAAGUGUUUCCGGUAGUUUCGCCUGUUGAAGUGUCACUGGAACGGUGUGGUGCUGAUUGUUCUCAGAGGUGAUUCAUUUGAUUAAUUUUGAUCAUGAAAAUCAGCAGCCGCUCAUGUUAGUUAGAAAGCUUAAUUUUAUACAGUAAGAUGCCAGUGAGUGUCGGUGGGUUAUUUCCUGAUGUGUCUAAACAGCAGAAAUCAUCCUCUCUGCCUGAGUCGGUGUCUCCUGCUGGGCCACCCCACCUUCAAAAGUCUGGACACGCCCCUGAAAUCAGAGCCUGAUCAAACUGGGACAGCGGAGCGUUUCAUUCUGGGUAGAACGGCGUGUACAAAGUCUUAAAAAAGCCCGUCCAGCACUUAAACUUGAAGUGUUUUAUUAAAGCUCUUACGGCUCGAAUAUUCACAUAAAGCUGCAAUAUUGUUCGCCGGCAGCGCAAAGUAAACAUGAGCAGGCUGUCCCACAGGAAACGGGGAGCGGAAGACGCCCCGUUGAGGACUCUGAAAGACCUCUUUGUGAUGCCAGACUGUGUGCUUCAUUCAUGGCUGCUCUCAGCUCACAGACUAUCUGCUCAGCGCACACACACACACACACACACACACACACUAACACAUCACUUCACUUCAUAUGUUUGGAAGGUUUCUGAAUUCGACUCUUAGGACAGGUAUCGUUCACCGACUCGCUCAUGAUCAGCGGUUCGUUUGUUUUCACGUCCGUCCCAAACUUUGGCGUUAAGAGACGACGGCGUCAUUUUAAAUGUCUUUCACCUGAAGUUUCUCGCUCUAGUUUGAAAUGAUGUGACACCUUGAAAAAGUCCACAAAGGCAGAUUAAGAGUAAAUGCUUUCAUGAUAGACUCCGUCUAAAAGAUGACCUCUUCUUUUCGCUGCACGCUCACUCAGAUGUUCAUUAUGUCCUUAAAAUGGUUCAUCGUCUGAUCGUUGAACCGCUGCAGCAGAGAGAGCUGAAAACUCCAUCUAGAGCUUCAGUUACUAAAACACUAACAGACGCAGACAAACUGGAAAAAUGAGGGGUGCAGAGUUUUAUCAGCAAACAGAUAACAGAGCGACGACGACAAGAACAGUCGAUAUCAGCUGAUGUGAAAGUUUCUGCACUGUUAAAAGUCACCCUUCUGUUUCUGCUCAGACUCAGCUGUUGUUUUGUUGGACAGAGCUGCUCCAUCCUAAAGCUUUAAGUUUGUAUUUGUAUUUUUACUCUGAAAAGACGAGGGGAAGACCUGCUCUACCUUUUUGGCACCCUUCAGCUGGAAUAACCAAGAUUUCAUUAGGCUGCAGUAAAAAUGGACAAACACGUUUGAAGAGAGAGUCAUUCCAAUGUUUGCUGACCUUCCUCUGGAUCGGUGUGCGUCCUUUAGUUGUUGUUGUUGUCUUCUUCUCGGUGAGAUGUUUCCAUCAGAGCGAGGUUUACAGCUCUGACCAGGUGAAGGCAGGUGUAGCUGCUGAAACACAAGGUCAGAGUCAACUGAACUGAACUGUGUCUGUUGGUGAAGAGGGAAAAGAGAGAGAUGGAUGUACCGGCUCUCUGCUGUAUCGAUCAAUACUGGACUGAUAAACUUAAAGACUCUGCAUGAUCAUCUUCAUCAGGAGCCGUCAGAGUUUGGUCGGGUUCUUGUUUCUCAUGCAGAUGAAGUGGACAGAGUUGCUGUCCGUGGUGCUGAGCUGCUUUUCUCCAGAGCUGCUCACAGUUUCAUUUUCAUCUGUGAAGUGAUGAAGUGACCAGAGUCUCUGUGUUUGUGAAAGUGUUCAGGUUCUUCGAGUGCUGAUCCAAUUUAAUUAUGUAACAAACGUCACAAAUCACGUUUACUCCUCAUGUCCUGAUAUGAAUCACAUAAGAGUCGCUAAGAUGAAGUUUUAUCAGGAAGAAAAAGUUCGAUCUUUCUCCUCACCUGUCACGUUUCCUCUCCUCCGACAGCCGAGUUCAACCAUCAGCUGGUGCGAUCAGCUCCCCUCGUCCUCCGCCGCUCUCUCCACCUCCAGCCUCUCCUCAGCGUCUCUCUCCAGCUCCAGCCUCUCCAUGGAGUCACGGGCGCCCGCGGCGGCGUCGGCAUCUGCGUCUGCAUCGGCAACGACGGCGACAGACGACAUGGAGUCAGACGAGAGGCCGUACGUGUGCGAUCUCUGCAGCUGCGCCUACAAACACGCCAGCUCUCUGCUCAACCACAAACUCACCCACAAGACUGGAGACUUCAGGUGAGGAUCUCGGACUCUUUAACAUCAGAUUAACGUCUUCAAGUCACUUCCUCUCACCUUUAACUCUGUGACUUUCUUUCAGGUGCGACUUUUGUAGCAAGCCCUACACCAACUACAUGUCCCUGCGAAACCACAUGAGAAUCCACGGGCAGAAACGUUACAUGUGCGACCUUUGUGGGAAGGCCUUCCGCCUCGCCAGGUACCUCCGUAACCACCAGAGGAUCCACGACGAUGGACCCAACCGCUUCGACUGUCCGUCCUGCUGUAAGAGCUACAGGACCAUGCUGGAGCUGGCCCAGCAUCGCUGCACAGCCGCCGCGACCAACCAGGUGAGUCUGCGAGAGGAGCGGAGGGGGCGUCGGUCUGCAGUGACAUCUACAAAAUCAACAAUGUGGGAAAAAGGGCCUGAGAGCUCGAUGGUUUUAUAUCCUGACCUGUGAGACUUUAGAUUUAGGAACUUCUGGUCGUUAGUGCGCUCUCUCUGAUAGAAUCACAGAGGACCAUGAAGCUCUAAAUCAGCUGUUUCCUCUGUCCGUCACUCCCCUUUGUUCAGCAUUUCUUCAGCGGAGUCAAAGAUCAUUUUUGUCUUAACUUUGGUCAGUGGGGAGGGAGAGAGGGAAUGAGACACACCAGGAUCGGGACUUAAUCCUCAGACUGUUGCUCCUGCAUAUCCUCCUGAGCCAAACCGGCCCCCUAACAACGAUCACAACCUGGAUUUUGGUCUUUAGAUCUGUUCUCCAGAUGUCCUGCACAUCCUCACUGCUCCUCAUUUGUUCAUAUGAUCGAGCAGGAUGAGACCAGAUCUCAAGGUCUUUGUUCUAAGGUGCAUUAAAGGGAUAUUCCGGUGUAAAAUUAAUUUAGGGUCAAACACACAGUAACGCCGAGUUAGACACCCCCUCCAGAGAUGAAUGUUGCCGACCGCUUGUUUCUCUAGUUAUACCAACUUUAGUAACGACCAUUAACAACUGUGGCAGGGUGUCACAGCUCAAGGAAGAACAUUUAUGAUCAUUUCUUCAUGGAAAUACAAUCAAACCGCUAAGACGCUAAGACAGAAGAACUACAGCGUCUGUAAAAUGAUUAAUAUGAUGAUUAUUACUUCAAGUAAAUAAUAAAGAAAUGAUCAUAAAUGUUCUUCCUUGAGCUGCAGCACCCCGCUGUAGUCCGUAAUGGACUGGCCUGAGGUCUCACUACAAACAAGCGGCUGCUGGAAGAGAGUAGGUGAGUUGUGUUUAGUCUCUUUGCUAAAGAAAUGAGUCAAAGUUAAAAAGAUGUUUGGUGUCUAGUACUAUGGCUGUGACCCUAUAUGUCCUGUUGAUGAAGUUAGGUGCUGUUCUGAGCAUUAUUUGUGGCUAUAGAGUGGCGUUUUGGUUGAGCGCGUAGCUCUCUGUAUUACUAUCCUGCGGUCAUUACUAAAGUUGGUAUAACUAGAGAAGCAAGCGGUCGACAACAUUCAUCUCUGGAGGAGGUGUCUAACUCGGUGUUACGGUGUGUUUUACCCUAAAUUAAUCUUUGUGCACACUCAGCAACUAGCUUGAGGUAUGUUUGCAAGUAGAGGAAAUCCAGAAUAUGUUGUCGGAUGCACAGAUAUAACAGAUUUGGGUAUGUUGGACACUAAAAACAAUCUCAGUGUGCAGAGACUUGUAGUCAGGCUUGGUGCACUUGGAUGAAGACUCAGGUUUACGAGUCGCUCAACGUGAGAGAUACGACUAACUUAGUCUCAGCUCGUCUCAGCCCAGGACGUGUUGCUUUCACUUCCCUGCGAGCGCUCCUCUCUCUUUCUCGUCAAACUGCUUGAUGGAAUUUUCAAAUUGAAGUCCUGCCGGCUCUGCGCUGCUCUUUUGACCCGCUUUGAGUGGAGUCAGAUCUUUCCUUCAAUGAUUCAUGUUCCUGAGCUCUCUGUGGCAUCACUCUGCAGCUCUGUGUGAAGGAGCUCUGCGGUGUCCCUGUGCAGCUCUUCAUGUCUUCAGGUCUGACAUGCUGCUGCUUUAAUAAAAGAGCUUUGAGUGGAUGUGCUUCAGCCUUCAGGAGGUGGAGGACGUCUUUAGAGGCUACAGCAGCAGAAUUUUAAACUUUAAUGUUCAGGUUAAUAUUAGACUGCCGUCCUCCUGCAGCACCGCUCACCUGCUCUGAUUUAUCUGCACCGCUGCUCAUGAAACGUCAGAGACGGUGCAGGUCCAUCAGUCAGAUGAAGAGGCUUUUACUCCUGACCUGACCAUGAAAAGUAUGAGGGGAAAAAGAGAGAUGCAGAUGGGACUGUUAAGAGUCUCCCUGCUUCCUCACAGGUGAGCUGUCGAGUAAAACAGCCGCUCCCUACCAAGUCAACAUACAGCCCCAUCUAAUGUGAAAAAGUGAUGGCCCGAAUCCACACUAUACAAGCACAGCAUCGAUCCAGAGUAGUUUACCUCACACAGGUCAUCCAAACAUUUUUUUGGCCUCUCAGAUCUUUUUAGAAAAUAAACCCUCUAAAGGUCCGUAAAAGAAGCCCUCCUCAGGUCCUGAAAACAGUUUCUGUCCUCUAGAGGGUCCUCCUGGAGACCUGGGGUUUGUGUAAAAAUGUGCAUGUUUUUAAAAGCAUCAUGUUCUAUUUAUUAGACAGACUGUUUGUGCAUGUAACACACUGUAACACAAUGUAAUAUUCUGUAACACUACAAGACACUGUAACAACCUGUAACACACUGAAACAUUCUAGAACACUAUAACACACUGUAACACAAUGUAACAUUCUGUAACACUUUAAUACACUGUAACACACUAAAACAUUCUAGAACACUAAGACACUGUAACAAACUGUAACAGACGGUAACACUAUAACAAACUAUCCCAAACUGUUACACACUGUAACACACUUUUACAUUCUAGAACACUGUAACAUACUGUAAGACACUAUAACACAGUGUAACAGACUGAGACAGACUGUUACACUAUAACAAACAAUAGCAAACUUUAACACAACAUAAAACUAUAACACACUGUAACAGACUGUAACACACCAUAACAUUCAGGAACACUAUAACAUACUGUAACACACUGUAACAUUCUAGAACACUAUAACACACUGUCACAAACUGUAACAGACUGUAAAAAAGUGUAACAGACAGUAACACUAUAACAAACUAUCCCAAACUGUAACACACUAUAACAUUCUAGAACACUAUAACAUACUGUAAGACACUAUAACACACUGUAACAGACUGAAACAGACUGUAACAAUAUAACAAGCGAUACCAAACUGUAACACACUGUAACAAACUGUAACACACUUUUACAUUCUAGAACACUGUAACACACAGUAACACAUUGUAACUGUAACACACUGUAACUAUAACACACUGUAUCUGUAACACAUUGUAACACAUUGUAACACAUUGUAACACAUUGUAACACACUGUAACACACUGUAACUCUAACACACUGUAUCAGACUGUAACUGUGCCUUCUCUCCUGCAGCAGCCUGCCUCACACUCCUCCUCUUACAGCUGCUGCAGUUCAGGGUUAGUUUAGAGUUAGGCUAAGUUUAGGGAAAGGGUCAGGGUUUAGAAACACUUCAGUGGAUUCUCUCACAAGUAUAGUAAUCCAAAUUUAUGUGUGUGUGUGUCUGUGCGUGUGUGUGUGUGUAUAUGUGUGUGUGGGGUUGAUAAUAAGAACCGGUUCAACUGCCCGUCCUGCUUUAAGAGCUACAGAACCAUGCUGGACCUGGCCCAGCACCGCUGCAGCGCCGUGGCCAAAAACCAGGUUGGUGUGAGCGUGAGUGAGAAAGUGUGUGUCGAACGUGUGUGUUUGUGUGUGUGUGUGUGUUUGAGGUGGAGUGAAGUGUAGCUGUUAGGGACGACAACGUGAAGAGCCUUAGAUUUACAAUCAGGAGCCAGAUCGUCCGAAACGGUUGCUCUGGAUCGGGUUUAAAGCGGUUUUUACAUUUUUAGACAGAAAACUGAAUUUGGCAUCAAAACAAAAACAAAAACAAAUGAGUGAAGACAUCUGACCUGACCGUGUUUUUGAGAUGAAUCAGACGAAAAGUACAAAAUGUUCUUUGGUCUUUAUUGUAUUUUGAACCUGUUACAGCUGAGAUCGGGUCAGUUUUAGUUCAUGCUGAUCCGCUCAGGUUAAAGAAUCUGGAUUUAAAAUCGAAGUUCAGCUGAAUCUCGACGCUCGUGAUUUUGCUAAAGGAAGAAAUUCAUCGUGUGGUAUACGAGGCAGGAUCAGACGUGAAGUCUAUUUUUAUCAGUCUAGAGCUUUGAAGGGUUUUUGCUGGUUUCUGGUCUAAAGUCUGCAGCUGCUGUUGUCAUAGAGAUCAGGCGCAGCUUGUUGUAAAUGUUGAAGCUGACAGUCUGAGUGACUGUGUGAGUGUUUGUGUCUGUGUGUUUGCACACUUUGUGACCACUCCAUCCACUCAUACUGACAGGUGUACAGAGAGAGGGACGGUAGAUAUCAGCUGUAGACGUUUAAAGAUCCAGCAGAGCGAGAGAGGGGAGAAGAAUCGGGUUCAGUGUGAGAAAGAUUUCAUCACACUCAUCUGUCACCUCUCCUCCUCUGUUUCUGAUCUCUCUGCACAAACACUCAGCAUGAAGACCCCACUCAUUACAGAAUCCUUCCUCCUCCCCUCCUCUUCUUCCUCUUUCCAUCCAGUCCGGCGGUCGUCGCUCCAACUACUCCAACGCUCGCCGUCAGCAGCAGCAACAGCAGCAGCAACAGCAGCAGAACAAUGCGAACUCCAUGAUGCAGCACGGAGGACACGGCCAGCAGGACGCUCUGCCCCCGCACUGCGUCUCCCCGAUGUCACAGCCAGGCCAGCCGGACCCCCACCAGGUAAGGACCGGAAACUCUUGACAUAAAGGUGGCCUCAUCUACAAGUUCUGACACAGGUAUGAUUUAAAGCUCCUGUGGGGAACUUGCAGAGACGUUUAAAGCUCCACAGCUGACACCGACGCGAGUAAAAGAGUAAAAACGGUCGGUCUGAUCUCUGAUGGUCCCGAAGUUCAUAAACAUUAAAAAUGUCUAAGCCGUGCCGUGCGAACAGACUGCUGUGGUCGUAACUGAGGACUGUUUUUAACCUUGUUGAAAGAGUUCGUCAGGGUUGCAGUUUGUUAGUAGAAUCACGCUACUCUCACAGUUCAUUAAUAGAAUCACGCUACUCAAGUUUAAUCAAGUCUUAUCGAAGCGGAGAGGACUCGCUGGAUUCAUGCAGACUCGGUGUGUAACGAUGCUGCUGCUGCAACACCACCGUUAUUACACCUGAUUAUACCACCGUUAAAAAGGGAUUAAUUUAGUAGUUUCCUUUGAGAUUGAUCAACCUUUUUCUUUAACAUUUACUUUGUACUCUUUCGUUAACUCACAUUCUCCCCUUUUUUUCUCGUCUAUACUGCUGUAUUCCUCGACUCAUCUUCUACUUUAAAAUCGGUGUUUCUUGUACAAAACACCUCACGAUAUAAGUAUGAAUUCACCAUCAUUUGUGUGUCAUUAAAUAGGCGACCAGAAGAAGCCUAUACUUGCUAGCUCGCUGGCUAACAUAGCCAACUCUUAACCCUGUUAGAAAAAGUAAGAAAAAAAAAAAUAUAUAUAUAUAUUAAAAAUGUCUCCACAGGAGCUUUAGUCAUCCUCAAAUGUGCCGUCACUUGGGUUGCAAAAUUCUGGGAAUUUUCAAAGUUGGAAACUUUCCACGAAAAUAAAUAUAGUUGGUGAAAAUAUAUUGUAACAUAAUCUUUGCUAAAACAACCAGAUUUAAUGUUAGUCCACUCCUCCAUCACAUGAUUCACAGAUGAUUUCUUGAACCCUGGAGGUCACACUUCUGAGGCCAAAGCACAAGACAUUUUAUUAGUAUAAUAUUAUGGGUUAAAUAUAAUGAUCUAUAAUGGUAUUAAUAUUUAACUUGUAAAAAUCAAAUAAAAAUAGGUGCUGAUUUAAGCUAUUUUUCAUUUCAUUGACCAUUUAAAGCGAUAGCUUAUCAUGGCGGUGGUAGCGACCUUAAAUAUGAUGCUGUUUCUUCAGACUUCUGACAGACGGUUUUCUGUAACCAGACAAUAAUUUAAACAUCAAUUAUCAAAUAUUAUGAAGACCAUUCCAGUUGUUUAGCCGACUAUGUUUCUGUUCAUUCCAUUGCAUUAUUGUUUUUACAAGAUUUUUUAUUAUUUUAUUCUACAGAAAAACGCCACGUUCACCAUCUGAUGUGUGUCGUGUUUUUAAAUUGUAUUAUUUUGCAUGGAUGUCUACAAAAAUAUUAACAUUUAUGUUUGGAUAUGAUAUAGUUUGUUAAAUUACCCCCAAUAAUUCCCAUAAAUUCCCAAAAUUCCCCAGCUUAACUUCACAUGAAAAGUUACUGAAAAUUAACUGGAAAGUUUUCCGCCCCUUUGCAGCCCUGGCUGUCACUUAUUUGAUGAGAUGAGAAAUGAGGCUGAAUGUGUCGUAACCAGGAGAAGAGUGUGUGCUGAGCUGCAUGUGUUUGUGUGUUUUUGUGUGUGUGUGUUCCUGCAGGGUCGUCCCAGCUCGGUGUCGUCUCAGAGCAGCCAGCAGAGCAUGAGGAGCUCGUCCUCCAACAAACACGUCUCCUCCUCCAGCGCCGCCCCGUCCUCCUCCUACUCCCUGCUGCAGCCCCUGGUGCCUGAGGUAAAGGAGAUGAGCUCGGGAUACACUAGGCUGAGCGCCAACCCCAUGGUAGGAGAGAGAGAGAGCCGCCACACACCCCUGCUGUCCGCUGUCUGCAGGCUAGCUGCCUAGCUACCUUCUCCCUGUCUGCCUACUAACACCAGGAGAGAGGGACCGAUCUUCUCUGACCUCUGACCUCUGCGUGUGCUCCAGGAAACUCUGCUCACAGCUCACCUCUGAUUUGAACGCUCACGGAAACGAGGCGCUCAGGGGUGAGGGUCUGCAGAGUCGCCUGGUGGACACAGUCUGAGCUCUCCUCUUUCAGUCUUCCACCUUUAGUCUGCUGCUUUCUUCGAACAUGCUUCAACACUGAAACAGACGCGCAGAAACGUUGACAAAGUUCGACAUUUUCACGACUAUUUAAAAUAAACGUAAAGAUUGAAAAGUCCAGAGAUAAUCGAUGAAGUAGUGAAACUCUUCAUCAUUAGUUCUGCUCAGAUAGGACUUCUUCACUCGAGUUUGGUUCAACAGAACUUUGCUUUGAUCGCACUUAAAAUUCAGGAUUAUUAGAGCUCCAUGUUCUCGUCUCCAAACCUUUCGAACCUCAUAGAUUCAGACGCGUUAAUGUGAACCAGCUCGUCCCUCAGAUCCUCAUGUGUUCAUAAAGGAAAGCAGCAGACUAAACGAGCUCUGUCCUAAACCCGACUCUAAACUUCAGAGCCUCUUUGGCGGUGAGAUGUGACUAACGUGGGGCUGUGCUGCUUCUUUUUCCUGCCUUUCUCUCUUUGACACUAAUCACUCACUCACCUCUGCGUUCAUGUGUUCACUCAUGAGUCUCAUUUCAUCUCACUUUUCUGUUUUAAUGUUCGUAAAGAUGAGAGAAAUCACUGACUCGUGAAAUCUUCAAUUUGGAGUCUGCAGGUUUGUUUACGUCCGACAUGAUUUAGUUUAAACUCUGAUUUUUAGAUUGAAGUCUUCAGCAUCAGGAGGAUUUAAUGACCUUAAACUGUCUGAACGUUGAUAUUUGAUCGUUCAUGUCGGCGUGUUGGAAACCUGCAGACGUCCAGAGAAGAUUUGGAUCAUCUCACCAGAUCAAAUAUGUGUGAAUUAGAAGUGUGUGGACCGAAUCUCCUUUUUUCUGUUGGUGUGUAAAUGUGUGUUCAGACCAAAAGUGAAGCAGAAUCGGUGAUUUAUUAGAAGUCGGUGCAAAGAUGAGUAAGUGUUUAAGGUGAAACAGUCGGAGUGUUCAUUUUUAAAGGAAGGUUAAUUCUCAAAUUCAACACAUUUCCAUCUUUUUCAUUUUGGGACAAACAUUUAGUUUCUACAGUUUCAGUUUGAAGAGAGCGGACAGAUCCAGAGAAAUUCUGGUUGUUUAGUGUCUGUGCUGAAGUGAGGCUUUAAAGAUCUUUUCAGUGUUUACUAAGAAAUACGAGGAUUUAAACUGUUCAGUUCUUGUCUCAAGAAAACCUCUAUUCUCAAAAACACCCACCUGUGGACUAGACUGUAUAGAUUCUGGGUCAUGUGGGAGUUAUUUCAGCUUCUUUGUCGUCAUAAAUCACAGUGAAAUCUGUUAAACGUGUCUUCAUAGCACUGAUUUAAAAACAGAUUUUAGUGUGACGGUAAACUGAGACUCAAAGGAGACGCAUGUAGAGACACUGAGACUCAGCAGAGACAGUAAGAGGAGAACUGAGACCCCAGAGAGGCUGAUCCAGAGACUCUGAGCCUCAGUGGAGACAAAUCCAGUGAAACUGGAUUUAAAGUGUUCAGUUCUUGUCUCACAAAUCAAGAAAACCUUUAUUCCCUGUAUCCUCCGAUCGUAGCUGAUCGUAACCAUUCAAGUUAACGUGUCAAUUUUCUACCGGCUUCUUUUCCGUUCCUCUGCGGAUUGCCGGAGCAUGGCGGAUAAAUUCAGCACAGAUUAACCCGUGCUGGAAAGGAAGUCGGGCACAGACACAAAAUAAAACAUCCGGCUUAUUUUCAAAAUAAAACACUCCGUGUUUCAGGAGGAUCGUAUUUCACACCAUGCAUACGGGCGGAGACGAACAAGUGAAAGGUUUUUAGACGUCAUUUCACCCCGAUGACACCAUGGAUGAGGAGAUGCUGAUUCUAGAAGUCUAGAAGUAGAUUUCCUCCUCUGGAAGGACACAAUCUACUGCUUAUAUGUCUAUGUGUCUGUCUUUAUAGAGACAACUCGUUUCCUGUGAUUGAACGUGAAUCUGCAGGUUCUUGUGAGUUUCGUGAUUCCUGCUGUGCGUAAUCCGCCACGAACUUUGCCUCACCAACAGAUCUGGUAGGAAUUGGCGGACAGCGAAAAUCACUGCCAUUUCGGAUGCGGUGAAAAUUGGGGGUGAGACUUCACUGAGACAGUUACAGUAAAACUAGGACUUGGCAGAGACAGAUGGACAGGUGUUCCCCGGCUGAAACAGAAUUUUCUCUAAUGGUGGUUAGAGGGUGUGAUGUAGAUAUCUCCACCUGUCGUUCAGAAACCAGCUCAGGUGAUCCUGCAGGUCCCCGUAUUAAAAGAGUCUCUUAGUUCCUGGUCUGAACCCCGGACUCUGCUCCCCCGUCUUGGUUUCUGCAGGUUUUUCCAUGUCUGUCCUGAUUUUAUUUUCCAUCUGAACUCGUUGACAUCAGACUCUUAUUUCUGAAUCAGACUCAAACUUCCCCGUCUUUCUCCUCUUCCCCCUCUCCCCCUUAUUUCUCCACGCCGGUCCCCCCUCCCACCCCACCUCCCCCCUUCUCCCCCCUUCUCCCCCCUUGCAGCCGAAGCACCAGGACACUUUCUCCCUGGCCCCUCAGCGGCCCCUCACCACCAUCAACCCCAUCGGCCACUCCCUCCAUCCGAACGGAGCGCCCACGCUGAAGCCUUCGCCCGUGCCGCGCACCAUCCAGACCAUGCCGUGGGAGCAGCGCUCGCUCUACAAUCAAUGAGACCCCCGGGACCUCGCUACCCCGACCCUACCCUUACCUCCAACCCCACACACCCCGCCCUCCCCCUUUUUUACCCCUCCCCAGCAUCGAGGAGGAGGGAGGACUCGGGACGCCCCCCUCCUUUGGAACGUUGUGUUUGGGACGGGGGGAGGGCCGGACUAGUUGAGAUUGAUUACCGAGUAGUUAGGUUUAAAAAUGUGUUGCCUUGACCCUCAUGUAUGAUCUAUGCCAUGUACUGAUAUAAGUUAAAAUGUCUGUCCCCUCACUAAGAAUUUAUCCCCCCCCCCUCUGAUCUAGUUAUAAAAUAUCUAUCCUUCCUCCCCGUUAUGAAUAGUGUCCCCCCCUCCUCACUUCCUGUUUUUCCUCAUGUUAAUGAAAGGAAAACUUAUUUUUAUUAAAUCUCCCUGAGAUGUUUCAGGGCACUGAGUCGUCAAAGUCGAUGUGACAGAACCUCCUCUAUGUUUUUGAACAUAAACCCCGUUUGUGGCUUCUGGAAAGAAGAAGAAGACGCGGAUCUUCUUCUUCUUCUUCUUCUUGUUUAGUUUCUUUUUUACGUCCUCCUCCUCCUCCUCUUCAAACACGCUCCAGAUGAAGCUCGUGUAUAUUGUGUGUCCGGAGGUGUCUUGACUCUUUGGGAAAGUCGCCCUCCCUCCCUCUCUCCCUCUCUCUCUCUCUCUCUCUGACGGUACAGCUCACACACCUCUUUUGAAUCUCUGAGCACGGACAGCACGGACCACGGCGGAGUCGAACCCCGCUGACUGUGGCUCUGCAGAACUUUUUUUGGCCUCUGUGUUGUGAAGACUGAACCUCUGCUGUUUUAAAAAGGACCUCAAUGAAAGUCUGGCGCCGUUACCUUCUUCUUCUAACACACAACUGAAAGCUCACUUUUUCUAAACUUGCAUCUGACUGGUGGCUUGUUGUUAUUGUAGUUUUAAUAACCUGUUGGCUGGGACUCAAACCUCGAAGAAAACCGUUUCAAGCUCCGCCCCUUUCUGACUGUUUGUUCCUCUCACUUUGAAGCACUGUGAGACCAGUGCUGUAUAAUUAUUACUGUUGACCCCCUCGCCCGCCCUCUCCUCUCUCUCUCUGUGGAGCUGUAAAGAUGUAACUUCGCCUUACAUCGACUCUUCAUCAAUCGCACAUCCUCAUCGGUGACGUAGCAGCAGCUGUACUGGGACGCGGCUGCAGUCGGAGGUCAGAACGACGCCAGUCUGCGGGUCCAGAUCUGCAGACCGGCUUCGUUUUUCCCUCUUCGCAGCCGAACCAGAACUGAAUUUUGUAAACGGCCAACCUGACGAUUCCCGUCGAAUAAUUGAUCCAGUCUGUAGUUCUGUUACGUUCUCUCGCUAACACGGUGUUCAUGGAAAUACCCACAAAUCUACUGACAUUGUAUUAUCUCUCUUUUGAAAGUUGUUUCUAUUUUUGUUCAUGACAUGUUUUCAUCGUUGCUUUCUCUCUCCUUGUAAAGUGUCUUUGAGUAUUUAGAAAAGUGCUAUACAAAUAAAAUGUUUUAUUAUUAUCACCA